AUGAUACAUAGCGUGCAGCCCCCCGAGAGUCAGGUGGACCCCAUGGCUACCACAGUCACCAUGGUUUCCAUGCAUACCACAGCCCCCAUAAAUACCACAAUUACCAUGGAGACCCAGGGGGGAGGGGCCUCAGAGUCAGACCCCCACCAAGCCACGCCCACCCUCCCAGAGGAGAACAGCGUCUCUUCAGAUGGCCAGGGGUUCGUUAUGUGUGUGGCGGUACGUGUGCAGAAGGACCUCGACCCACACGAGGCCUCCUCUCGAGAGGAGGCGCUACAGGCAGCCUACUGCAGUCUGCUCCAGGGCCUGUCCCUGGGUCCGGCGCCUACAGCAGGUGGUGAGAAGCAGAGUGUGUUGGAGUUCUUCAGACGGGCAAAGUGUGUUCCCCCAGUGGAGGACUGUGUAACAACAAUGGAGGGAAAGCACAGAUGCACUCUAAGAAUCGUAGGCGAGCUCACCUUCCACAGCACAGAGGCGGCCCCCAGAAAGCAGCAGGCAGAGCAUUGUGCAGCUAAGGAGGCCCUGAGGCGUCUGAAUGGGGUCCUGAGUGGAGUUUUGGGCGGAGACAUCGGCAGAGCGGGUCCAAACUACAAGGGUAAACUCCAGGAGUUGCUGGUCAAGCAUGGAGGAGGAGCCAAGCCAGAGUACAAAAAUACUGAGGCUAACGAGAUCAGCACAGGAGCCGCUGCAAGUCAGAUGACCGGGGAAACUGCUGCUGUUGGCACUACUCUACAGGUUGACAAGUUGUCAAUUACCACGGAGACAACACCUGACGAUUCCGGCCCGCCUCCGUCUAAGAGAUCUGCAGGGGGAGAGAUGGAAGAAAUCCGGCGGUGUCUGGCACUGUGGAGUUUGCAGCCCCCGUGUGUGGUGUGUGAGGAUGUGUCUGUGGAGCAGUUGUGUAAGUGGAUGGUGGAGGUCCGACUAGACGGCCACGCCUUCCGGAACCAGACCCUGUUCAGCUCUAAGAAAGAGGCUAUCCGCUGGUCCUGCCACAGCCUGGGUACAGCAGGGGAUAUCUGCCAGCCUGGCACCGACGAGACUAAGUCCACAGCGGUGGUGAAGUCUUUUUUCCUGCAGCGGUCGUUCCCGUUGCCUGUGGAGGAAGUAGCAGAACCAGAGAAGGGCAGGUUCUGCUGCAAUCUCAAAGACAUCAACUGUGUCUUCACUUACCGUGGAGAGGGUUCCAGUGAGGCUGCAGCAUGUCAGUCGGCCUACCAGAGGGCGCUGUCUCGUCUUGCUCCUUUCAUUGGCUACUGUGGUCCUGUGGCCCCACCCAGCAGCACUGAGGAUGCGAAGCGAAGGCUGAGCACUCUGUUGGAGGGGACAGCCCUUACAACUGUGAACUCCGCCCUUUCAGAAACUCAGUACAGAAUCUCCGCCCAGCUUAGGUUCUUGGGGUACAGCAUGGAGACUGAAGGACAGGACAGUAGGAAAGCUACCAGAGCCCAACUCAGCCAGCGCUUACUGGGCCUACUUGGGGAGGAUGAGAUGGACUCCACAGCCUCGGUGAGGAACGUUCUAGAUGAGUGGUUUACGAAGAAAGGUCUGGAGAAACCUGGAUUUGAGUACACUAAUGACAAGUUUGGGACAAAAGUCACCUUCUCUGCCCCUCUCAUCUGCUCCUACAAAGAGUGGCAAGCCAGCCGGGAGAAAGCUAAGAAGAAAUUAAUCGAUGAACUGCAGAGGCGGGUCAAAUACUUUUGUGACGGAAGCACCAACUGAGGGCCCACUGACCAAUCAUAAAAGAUAGUUUUACUUACCCUUGGAUCCUGCAUGAAACGACAAAAUGUCCUCUAUUUCCCAGUCUGGAUCUCUCUUCCAAGUUUUCCCUCUUUCUUUUCCUCUGUGUUUCAUCAGGCAAGUGGUGUUGGUGACAGAUGUCUGUCUGUAAUAGUAUGGCUUUAAUAGUAUAUAUAAUUCACUCUUUGCAUGCACUGUUUUUACCACCAGGUCCUGAUAUGAAAUGAUCCUACAUUUAGCAGCUCUUUUAUUUUUUACUCUGUCUAGUAACAUAAAGAAUGUACUUCUGUGCACCCCAGAUGUAUUACAUUUUAAUCUGUAACAAUUACCGAAGUAUUUUAACACUAAAUGAAAAGGCUCCUCUCUGGUAAUAAAAAAUACCAUCCACUACUUUGAA